AUGGCACCUCUGGAGAGGUCAAUUGUGGCGCAUAUGAGGGCAGACGUGGCUUUGGCAUUGGAAGGUAUGCGGCAUUCGGUGGAUGCAGGUUUGCGACAGUCGGUAGAGGACAUCAAGAAUGGCAUCGCGCGGACGGUAGAGGACACGAUGAGGGAGGCGAUAAGAGCGGAAGCGCGCACCUUGCACCAAACCACUGUAGCAACUCCGGUGUCACCAAAUCUCGACGACGUUGAAGCUGCUCGUGUUGUCAACGGGUGGUUGGGUGGUGAUGGCGAUAGUGAGCUGGUGGAUCGUCAGGCGGAAGGUGGAGGUGAGGGGUGCAGAUCGGGCGGGCAUGGAGCGAGAGUCAAGCCCGCGAGGUGUGAGGUGAACAAGGGGGGAGAGCAUAGUGCGGAGCGUGGGGUGGUCGGUGAGACAAAACGCAAAGCAGCUGUUGCACGGAAGGAACGGAAAGAGAAGGUGAGGGAGCAGAGGGAGGCGGAAAGGGUCCGGGUAGAGCAGGACCAGACAACGAAGAGGCGGGAGGAAGCCGCAGCGAAGGCGUUAAAGGAGCGAGAGGAGGGUGAAGGAAGACGACAAGAGGCGUGCAGAGGAGGCAGAACACAGCUUAAGGAGAAGAGGCAAGCAGAACGGGAAGAUGCGCUAGCCAGGGUUGCGGAAAAUAGGAGGCGCCUUGAACAAGAGGCGGAGGAGGAGAGACUGGAGUUGGAACGUCGGCAGAGGCUGAGGGACGUGGAGAAGAACGCAAUAGAAGCGGAGAGGCAAAAGCUGGCGAGGGAGGUGGAGGAGGAGAUGUUGCAUGAGAGGCUGCAGCAUGGGAUACAAAACAUGGAGUUGAGGGCUGACAGAACGGUGGAGGGUGUGGGGAGGGUAAUGACAGAGGGAAGGGAGGUGACGUCGAGAGGAAAUGAGGAGAAUUUUGUGGAGGGGUCAGCGGGAGAGAGGUGCAGCCGAUCUAGAAGACGACGUAGACGGGUGGAUGGAGCGAAGAACGAGAAAUCGUCGAAGAGAAAGCGUAGUCUGGCUGGGAGGGGAGCACCGCACAGUAUGGAGUGCGCAGUGGUGCUAUCAGACAAGACGGUCCCAGUUGAGGAGGCGGCUUUCGACGUGGAGGAGGCGGGCGAGUUACUGGGGCUAAUCGUGGAAGGCGAUUUGUCGAACAACAAAAUACCCGUAACAGAGCGGGAAACGAGAGGUGUGAAGCUGGGUGUGUACGACUCACUCAAAGACAAAGUGCCAGAUAAGCUGGGGAAGCGAUGGGGUGUGGAGCAGCCGUUCAGGGCCAGCGGUUUCGGGAAGCAGGGAAGGAACCCGGGUUACAAGUGGACGUUGGAGCAGACGGUUGGCGGGAGGAAACGGAAUCUCGUUUCCAGCUCGUCCACAAAAAGUCGGACGAGCAUAUCGCCGAGGGGGAGCGUUUCCAAAUAG